AUGAAUGAGUGGGUGGGCCACAACGUCAAUGUGGUGGGACUACUACAGAUCCCUCCCAACAAUGGAUUCCCACUGUCUGAGAGCUCACACUUCUUUGGCAGUGUCAAAGGGGAGGAGCUGUGUGUGGUGUGUGGGGGCAAGGCAUCCGGGUAUCACUAUAAUGCUCUCACCUGUGAGGGGUGUAAAGGUCUGCUGACAGAGAUCCAGUGUAAAUCUAAAAGGCUGAGGAAAAACCCCAAGGUCUCACCAGGACAGUCCACCGGGGACGAGACAGAGGGGGGAGACAACGGAGACACCAAACAGGUCACCUCCACCACCAAACUGUCAAAGGAGAAUCUUGAACUCAGUCAAGAGCAGCAGGCUCUCUUGAGCUUCAUUGUAGAAGCUUAUCAGAAACAUCGAAUUCCUCAAGACAUGGCCAAAAAACUACUACAAGAGCAGUUCAAUGCAGAAGAGAACUUCCUUCUUUUGACCGAGAUGGCCACCAGUCAUGUUCAAGUGCUGGUGGAGUUUACCAAAAACAUACCAGGUUUCUCAGCCCUGGACCAUGAGGAUCAGAUCGCACUGUUGAAGGGCUCGGCAGUGGAGGCCAUGUUCCUGCGCUCAGCACAGGUGUUUACCAGGAAGCUACCCCAUGGACACACAGAGGUGUUGGAGGACAGGAUACGCAAGAGUGGCAUAUCAGAGGAGUUCAUUACACCCAUGUUCACCUUCUAUAAAAGCAUCGGGGAACUCCAGAUGAUGCAGGAAGAACACGCCCUCCUCACCGCCAUUACCAUCCUGUCACCAGACUACUUUCAUACACUCAACCACCACCAUGCUGAAAUGCUCACCUCCUGGCGCAUGAGCGACCACAAGUUCACACCCCUCCUCUGCGAGAUCUUGGACGUACAGUAAAUGGUACACAGAGGCUGCAUGGAUGGAUGGAUGGAUGGAUGGAUGGAUGGGUGGAUGGAUGGAUGGAUGGGUGGAUGGAUGGAUGGAUGGGUGGAUGGAUGAGGGAGAGGAGAGGAAAAACAAAACAUUUCACCUUAGUGACUCCUUUAACCAUUUCAGAUGCUGCAGCCUUUUCAGAAGCUGACCCUUUUACCAUUUCCGAUGUUCUGACUUUGGACUUAACACUGCUUUGAGAUGUUGUGAAGGAAUGUUGUGUAGGCUAUGCUCAGGUGUUCUGUGAGCUUUUGUGAUGGGCUACUUGAAUGUGACCAUCUGUUGCCAAAGAAACUUGGAGACAUUAUUUAAAAAAAAUAUCUCCCAACGGGAUAAUGGACUUGUCACAUUUGCUAGAUUUUGGAGAAAGCAAUGUGACAACAUCCCUAGCAUUGACAAUUCAUGUUUUAAUCACUCAUUAAACAUAUUUUGACUGAUAGACUGUGUUUACCGUAGUCAUGUUAUUGUCCUUUAAUUGUGUUUAUAAUCAUUGGACAGGUUUCCCAUAAGCACGCUGAGUGGAGAAUAUUCAUUGACAUUGCUUUUAAGUCCAGGCUUAAUUUGGAAACCGCCCCAUAAUAUUUCAGUUUGGGGAGUCAAAGCUCACCUCAACCUAGUUAUGAACCACAGAUGUUUACACUUGCUGAAAUAUUUCUCACAACAUAACUAGAUUGGAAUAUUCCCAUAACAUAGUUACUAUUGUGGUGGUAAAUAUAAUUCAAAUUAGGAUUUUAACCUCAUGUGGAACCUAUGGGGUCAUAUUUCAGACUUUCCCAAUAUGAUUGCUUGUCGAUAGCAUGAUAUCAUAUCCCCUUAUGUUCAGAUACAAUACAUUAAAGAGAA